UGGAAAUUCUGUUGAGAGUAUACAGAAAACAAUUCUUGAUUUUUUUUGGGAAUCAUAUCCACCCAGCAUUCGGUUUUUCGUUUCAGUUCCUUUUUGUUGUCCCAUUGCAUUGUUUUCCAUGCCCCACCUUCCUAUAUAUACAGGUAUCAUCCGCGGGCUUCUUCAUUUCUAAUUUGUGGACUACAAGGUAGUGCGACCAAGUAUCGCUCAUUGUGAAACUAGUGAAACCGGUGAGUUGUCUUCUUCAAAAUGCAGGCCAUAUGUUUCGUACUCUGCGCCUUAGUAGCUGUUGGUGUAGCCCAAUUUCCCAAUGGACGAAGUCUACAUUUGCCUAACCCCCAAUUAUGCGCUCAGAGGGUGAUUCACGAGAGAACACCUGAUGGUAAGGGUUACUUCUUCAGUUGGAGAGACCCUCAGACUCGAGGAGUUGAGAAAGAUUGGCUCGAUGGAAGAAACUUCUGCAGGGAAAGAUGCAUGGACCUGAUUUCUUUGGAAACAAGCGCUGAGAAUGAAUGGAUAAAGCAAAGGAUUGUUGGUGAAAAUGUUAAAUAUAUCUGGACGUCCGGUCGCCUUUGCGACUUCAAAGGCUGCGACAGGGCUGAUCUGCAACCGCUCUCCGUAAACGGAUGGUUCUGGACAGCCGUGCUCCAGAAACUCGCUCCGACGACCCAGAGGGACCAAAACGACUGGUCUGAAUCCGGCGGCCUGGGCAGGCCUCAGCCGGAUAACAGGGAGGCGCAGCAAGGUGGUGCCAGCGAAAACUGCUUGGCCGUUCUCAACCAAUUCUACAAGGACGGAGUCAACUGGCACGACGUCGCCUGUCACCACGUGAAACCUUGGGUGUGCGAGGAAAACGAGGAUUUGUUGAAAUACGUCCGAUUCACCAACCCCGGACUAAGGGUGUGAAAUUUUAAUGUUUUAUUGAUGACUGAUACGAGUUUAUAUUCUUAUUUAUUAACUAUUUUUAAGGACGAAUGUAUGAAUAAAUUUAAUUAAGUCACAAAUUA